GAAGAGCUUCUUAGAUUGGCAGAGCUAUGAUUACCAGUAAGGUGCUGUUCUUAGAAAAUGGGGAUAAUGAUCCUUUUUAUAAAGAAUAAAACAAUAAAACAGUUAUUAAUUUGCAUGAAAAUUUUUUAAAAAUUAACUUUCUAGAUCUUGAAUAUACAUGACAACUGCUAGCCAGAAAGGCUUUGUCUUUGAAAGAAGGAAAAAGAGAUCCCAACCUAGUGACAUAUUCCUGUGAUCCCAGUUACUCAGAAAGUGAAGCAAGAGGAUUACAAUUCAAUGUCUGACUGGUCAGUCUAGUAACUGCAGCCUGGUGGGUUGCAGAUCAAAGUGGAGCAAGAGAAAGGUGUAGUAGAUGAAUACUUAAUAUUUUGAGGUAUUUGUUGCCAUCGUUAUCUUUAUAAUCAUGACUAAUUAGAAAUCACCUUAUCUGUCUUAAUUAUUGCUAUGUAGAGGUACCAUGACCACAGCAACUCUCAUAAAGAAAAACAUUUAUUUAGAACUGGCUUACAGUUCAGAGAUUUAGUACAUUAUUAUCAUGUUGGAUAGCAUGGUAUCAUGGAGGCAGACAUGGUGUUGGAGAGUAAGUAAGAGUUCUGCAUCUUGAUAGGUAGGCAGCAGGAAGAGAAAGUGACACUGGGCCUGGCUUGAGCAUUUGAAACCUCAAAGUCCACCCCAGUGACACACUUUUUCCAAGAAAGCCACACACACACAGCCUAACAAAUUCACACCUUCUAAUAUGCCAUUCCCUGGUGACCAAGCAUUCAAAUCUAUGAGUCUGUGGGAUCCAUUCUUAUUCAAUCACUACAAUAUCCAACAGAAAAAGGUUAGGGACUAGAGAAAUGGCUCUGUGGUUAAGCUCACUGACUGUUCUUCAGAGGAUCUGGUUUGAAUCUUAAUACCCUCACAUAAUGACUCACAACUGUCUCCAACUUCAGUUCCAGGGAAUCUCAUACCCUCUUCUGGCCUCCAAGGGCACCAGGCACAUAGGUGUACAGAGACAUACAUGCAAGCCAAAAAAAAAUCAUGCACAUUAAGUAAAUAUUUUUUUCAAAAUAAAGAAAAAUACUAGAUAAUUAUGCUACUUCUUAAGUAUACUGCUGUCCAUCACAUAUUUAAAAGCCUGUGGGAAUAUGAAGUGAAAAAACAAGCUACCACUUUGCUGACUACAUCUCAGUUUUUAUAAAAAUAUUGGUAUAUGUGGGUGAUGCCUUGGGGUGAAACUACAGGUAGUACCCUAAAAUACUUUGGCACCAGUCAUGGUGGCUCAUACAUAUAAUUCAAGCUCCUGGAAAGCUCAGGCAAGAAGAUUGUAGUGAGUUCAAGACCAACCCAAGUUACAUAGUUUCAGGCCAACCCAGGCUGUAGUGGGGCGCUUUAUCAAAAAAAAAAAAAAAAAGUGAUUUCUGGAAUUUGUAUAUUCACCAUAUGUGUUCCUGGGUUCUCUGGGAGGCCAGAAGAGCUAAUUGGAUCCCCUAGAACUUGAGUUACAGAGGGUUGUUGGAUACCAUAUGGGUAUUGAAAACCAAACUUGGGUCUCUGGGAAGAGCAACCAGUUAAGAGCAGCUCUUAAUUGCUAAGCUACCUCCAUUCCUAAUUUCUGAGUUUUUACAGUAACCAACUGAUAAAUUUAUAAAGGAUCAAAACUAGUGGGUGUACUUUAAACAACAACAAUAACAAAAAAUGCUCAAAGAGAGUUGAAACGAUGAGAUUCUUCUAGAUCAACUUUAAAAAAAAUUAUUUCUCAUGGUGUUUUGUUUUGUUUUGUUUUGUUUUGUUUUAUCGCUCAUCCAGCAGAACUAAGAUUGAGAGAGAAAUCUGUUCUCGCUUAACUGUCAUUAGUCAAUGAUGGUGUCCUGGAUUCCAGCAUAGUUGUGUGUGUGCAUGUCUGCCUGCAUUCACAUAUGCAUGCAUGUAUGUAUACCAUGUGCAUGCAUUUAUCUGAGGGCAUCAGACCCCUGGAGUUGCAGGCAGUUGUAACUAUCUGAAGUGAUAAGAACCAAACCCCAGUCGUGUGCAAAAGUAGGAAACACACCUAACUUCUGAGCCAUCUCUUCAGCCCCUCAUACUUGUUUGAGAGAAUGUGUUUCAGUGUAUCCCAAGUUGGCCUCCAACUCAAGAUGCUUGUGCCUCAGCUUUUCCAGUGCUGGGAUUACAGCUCGAGCCAAUCCAAGAUACAGGGUUCCAUGUCAUUUGCUGAAGGAAAUGGAUGCAGCCAACAUUCAACUGCAAAUGAGAAGGGCAGAAUGUGACUCUGCAAACAAUAAUUUUGAAUUGCAUCUCCAUCUGGGUCCUCACUACCGUUUCUUCAAUGGAGCUCUUCAUCCUGCAAUCUCUCAGACAGAAAGUAUGUGGGAUUUAACCUUUGAUAAAAGAAAAACUUUAGGAGAUCUCCGUCAGUCAAUAUUUCAGCUAUUGGAAUUUUGGGAAGGAGACAUGGUUCUUAGUGUUGCGAAGCGUGUGCCAGCAGGACUUCACGUGUACCAUACCCUUGAUGGAGAUGAACUGACACUGGGUGAAGCUGAAAUUACUGACGGGGAAGAUAUCUUUGUAUGGAAUGGAGUAGAGGUUGGUGGAGUCCAGAUUCAGACUGGUUCCGAUUGUGAGCCUCUGCUGCUACACAUUCUUCAUCUAGAAAUGAGUGGUGAAGGCUCAAAGUGUGAGCAGCUGGUGGAGUCACCACAUGUCUUUCCAGCUAAUGCAGAAGUGGGCAGUGUGUUCACAGCCUUGGCCGUCCCAGCAGGCGUCAUCCUCACAAACAGUGUGGAGUCUGCGGAUGGAGAGUGCUGGACGGCUAUUCCCAAGGAAGACAUGAAGAAGACAUUCAGAGAGCAGGGUCUCAGAAAUGGAAGCUUAAUUUUGGUUCAGGAUUCAGACACUGAUGAUAACAGUUCGUUGCCCAGACAAGGGAGAUGGACCUCCGGUGUGGAUGAGCUCAACUGGCUCCAAGUGAGAAACUUCUGCCAGUUAGACUCUGAAGAGGAGCAGGUUCAGAUACCCGUGACCACACACACAGUGGUGUUUGACAUUCGAAUUAAAGCCAUUAAGGAAUUAAAAUUAAUGAAAGAACUAGCUGAGAACAGCUGUUUGAGACCCAUUGAUAGAAACGGGAAGCUUCUUUGUCCAGUACCAGAUGCUUGUACUUUGGAAGAAGCAGAGGUGAAAAUGGGGAGUUCCUUAGGACUGUGUCUGGGAAAAGCACCGACUUCCUCUCAGCUGUUCCUGUUUUUUGCUCUGGGGACUGACAUUCAUCCUGGGGCAGAGAUGGAAAUCAUAGUAGAAGAAACACUCUCAGUGAAAGAUUGUUUAAAGAUAAUGCUGGAGAAGUCAGGUCAGCAAGGAGAGAUGUGGCACUUGCGGAAAAUGGAUUGGUGCUAUGAAGCUGGGGAGCCUUUAUGUGAAGAGGAUGCAACAUUGAAGGAGCUCAUGAUAUGUUCUGGGGAUACUUUACUUCUAACUGAAGGAAAACUUCCUCCUCCGGGUUUCUUGAAGGUACCCAUCUGGUGGUACCAGCCUGCAAGGCUGUCGGGACACUGCGAGAGUUGGGACCACGCCAACUGUGCCUCUUCUCAAGAUAGCAGCUGGGGAGCUACUCCCACCCAAGGUGCUCCUGUCCCCGAGCCUGCCGACGUUCCCCUCCUCUACUUGGGCGAUGUGAAGAUCUCAGAAGAGGCCACAUUGCUGGAACUGAAGUCAAAGGCCAUGGCCUUGCCCUCUGUCUCAAAGCUUGCAGUCCAGUCCACAGCCCUGCUUAGGGUCUGGACAGUGGAGAACAAGCGCCUCAGCAGGCUCUUGCGCACUGGCUGGCGGCAGCUCAAGGAGUACAGACUGGGCCGGAGAGCAGAACUCUGCUUAGAGCUUCUUCAAAAAGAGGAAGACUUGGGCCCUCAGGAUGUGCUGCUGAGGACACAGCUACACAUUCCCGGUGAGAGGGCCUACACCCGGCCAGUGGACCUGGUAUGGGACACCACCCGAGGAUGGACUGCUGGCUCCUUGAGGCAGAGAGUGGCUGAUUUUUAUUCUCUUCCUGUGGAGAAGAUUGAAAUUGCCAAAUAUUUUCCUGAAAAGUUUGAGUGGCUUCCAAUAUCUAGCUGGAAUCAGCAAGUUGCCAAAAGGAAAAAGAAGAAAAACCAAGAUACUUUGCAAGGGGGACCAUAUUACUUGAAAGAUGGAGACAUUAUUGGCGUUAAGAAUCUCCUGUUUGAUGAUGAUGAUGACUUCAGCACAAUCAGAGAUGACAUUGGGAAGGAAAACCAGAAGCAGCUGGCUUUGGGGAAAAAGAAAAGCCGGGAAGUCCUACGUGCACAGAGCAGUGAUGUGUUCUCCAGUGCAGAGAUGGACACUCGGCCCCGGGGACCAGAAGCUUCUCUGUCCAUCCAUGUUGCGAGCUUCAGAUAGCCCUGCAGCCGUAUGUACUGUACUCCAGAUAGAACCACUCUAUCAGUUCCAUGACUGCUGCCUUGUGGGUUUAUGGUGGACAAGCUGGUUGGCUCCAUAGCCAAUGAUAGCAUGUCUUCAGCUUUGCAACAGGCAAAGGGAUGACAUUUCUCAGACCAAGCAAGAGUACCUGAUCACCAUUUCUGUGACACAGCAGCUGCAGAGCUGGCCCAGACCCAGACACUGGGCCAGUCAGUAUGGCAUCCCAAACCUGACCCCAGUAGCCUCUUUCCAAAAAAUGUACUCCUGGACAAUGGCAAGUUGCUCAAAGAGGACAAAUCUGAUAGGUAAGACACAUGGUCAGUUACACUGUAGUGACCAGUAAGUCAUCUAAAGCUGAAGCUGCAAAGAAAGGGCAUGUGUGUCCUGAAUUCAUUCUUGGUUCCAGCCUUCAUCAUAGCAAGUGCCUCUUCUUGGGCCAAGUUCAAAGCAGGACUCUACGACAGCUGUGCAGAAGAGCCAAGUAUGGCGCCAAUGGCUCAGGCUGACGUUCCCUUGGUGUGAUGUUUACCACCUAUAGCCUGGCAAGAGGCAGGGCAUUACAGAAGCCUAGCACAACAAAUCUAGGUUCCCAGUUGUCCUGAGCAAGCUGAAGCCUCUUCCUUAAAAGUCAGUGCAGGUAAACAGCUCAUCUAAGAGAUCUGGUAUUCAUGUACUGUAACUAAUACACCAUCAGAGCAGUAUCUGUUACUGAACUGGCAGGUUUGGGACCCUGGGCUGACUUAGUCUACGUCAGCACUCCUGAGAGGAGUUGUCACGGUCUCAGCUUCUCAUCAGCUCCUACAUGUCUUCAUGUAAGAGAACUAAGGUAGGAAGAGACAGGGUUGAAAAAGUAACUCUGGCCUGGACUUCAGCUGUCCCUUGCUGGCUAGUUUUUCACAUUCUGGUAUAGCCAUGUUGGCUUCUCUGUGGUGCUGACACUCAGCAGGUAACCUGUUCUCCCUUCAUCUUCCCGACACCAUUUGCCAGAGUCAGUGUCGUUUUAGGUGACCGUUUCUGUUGAAGCACUUGUAUCAUAAGAUGUUGGACUGGGCCUAGUGACCAUGUCUUUGUAGCUACACACCAAGGGGUUCCAGGAGACCCAAAUAGUAAACAUUACUUGACUAUACCUGAGCCCUCUGGGUAAUGGCUACUGUUGCUUGUACUGUAACUGACAUAGCUCCUUAGUUUGUCCUUUCAACCCAGCUUCUGGCACAGUACUUAUGUACAGGCUGAGACGCUUUGCUUAUGUCUUGAGCCAGAGGCUCCCUGACUCUAAGUACCUGGAGGAGCCAGAAGACAUGUCUCGAGUGCUGGCUGCAGCCCAAGCCUGUUGACAGGCCUUUCUAUUUGGUUGGUUUUUGUUUGUUUUCCUUUUAAUUGGAAGAUUGAAUAGGCUAAACGGGGGGAAAACACUAAGACUUUAUUAAAGAAAAAUAAACCAUUUUUAAAGUUGCA